GUUUGAACCUGGGGUGGCCUGACGGAAGAAGGGAGAGAGGGAAGGUUGAACUGUUGAAGCCACAGCCUCAGGCCUCAUCCACAGCCACAGCUGGUAGGGGAGGGAGAAGAACCCUAACCUCUCUGUCUCUCUCUCUCCUCGCCUCUCUCGCGCAUAGGUUGAUCAGACCCCAGCGCAGAAGACUCAAUCUGUUGGAAAAUGAGUGGUCAUAUUCCUCCUCCUGGUUCCAGAAGGAGCAGUUCGAGCCAGAAGCGUGCACCAUCCACGGCUUCCAAGAAGUCCGUGCCGCUCGAAAAUGGAAGCAAUGGAAAUGGCACUGCCACCAAACCCUCUUCUCCGCCUCCGCAACCGGCUGUUGGGGGAGAAAGGACAGUGAAGAAACUUCGGCUGUCCAAAGCACUCACAAUUCCUGAAGGGACGACAGUGUCUGAAGCAUGUAGAAGAAUGGCAGCUCGCCGAGUUGAUGCUGUUUUGUUAACUGAUUCCAAUGCAUUGCUUUCAGGAAUUAUUACUGACAAGGACAUUGCUACUAGAGUCAUAGCUGAAGGGCUACGGCCAGAGCAGACAAUAGUGUCGAAGAUAAUGACUCGGAAUCCUAUAUUUGUUACUUCAGAUUCACUAGCUCUUGAAGCCCUUCAGAAGAUGGUUCAGGGUAGAUUCAGGCAUCUGCCUGUUGUGGAAAAUGGUGAAGUCAUUGCCUUGCUGGAUAUUACCAGAUGUCUAUAUGAUGCCAUAUCUAGGAUGGAGAAGGCUGCUGAGCAGGGGAGUGCCAUUGCUGCUGCAGUUGAAGGGGUGGAAAGGCAGAGAGGAGGCAGCUUAUCUGCUUCAAAUGCUUUCAUAGAAACAUUGAGGGAGCGCAUGUUCAAGCCUUCACUGUCAACUAUUAUUGGUGACCAUACAAAGGUUGCUAUUUCAUCAGCAUCAGAUCCUGUCUAUGUAGCUGCAAAAAAGAUGCGGGAUUUGCGUGUUAAUUCAACUGUUAUUGUUGAAAGAAACAAGAUUCAGGGGAUACUCACUUCAAAGGACAUUCUUAUGCGGGUUGUGGCUCAAAGUCUAUCUCCUGAAUUAACUCUAGUUGAAAAGGUAAUGACUCCAAACCCUGAAUGUGCAUCAUUGGAGACAACGAUUCUUGAUGCACUGCAUAUGAUGCAUGAUGGAAAGUUCUUACAUCUUCCUGUGGCGGACAGAGAUGGAUACGUUGCUGCUUGUGUGGAUGUUUUGCAGAUAACUCAUGCUGCAAUUUCAAUGGUUGAAAGUAGCUCCGGAGCUGUUAAUGAUGUGGCAAACACAAUUGUGCAAACAUUUUGGGAUUCCGCACUUGCUUUAGACCCACCGGAUGAUUAUGACACUCACAGUGAUGUCUCUGGGUUCAUGGCUUCAGAAGCAGCAGAGACUGCAAAGUCUACAUAUCCGUCUGUUGGCUUUGGGAAUUCUUUCAUCUUUAAAUUUGAGGACCCUAAGGGCCGUGUACAUCGAUUAAACUGUGGGGCUGAGCAUCUAGAGGAGCUUAUGUCUGUUAUCAUGCAAAGAAUUGGUAAUGUUGAUGAUGAAGAACGUCCUGUGAUUAUGUAUGAGGAUGAUGAAGGUGAUAAAAUUCUUCUUGCAACUGAUAGCGAUUUUGUUGCUGCUGUUAACUACGCUAGAUCAGUUGGAGUAAAGGCGCUAAGGUUGCAUUUGGAGUUUGCCAAUUCAAACAAAUCAAUGGCUCCAGACUCUGUUACCGCAACAGCACAAAAAAGUAGUCUAUUAUCUAUGAGUUCAGCUGUUCUUGCGGGUGCUGUUGUUCUGACAGGCAUUGGCGUAUUGGUCUAUUUGAAGCGUUCCAAACAAUGAUUAGUUGCUAGUUUUGGAAGCAGCCCAUAAACUUGCCGCAUAAAAUUCAAGAGCUCUAUGGGAUUUCAUUUAAUUAAUUGCGAUAACGAAAAUGACAUGCAUCAAAAUAGUCGUUCUUUUUGGUUUAUUAAAUACCAUGGUUAAGCUUUGGGGAGAUACCAAGAUAGUGAAGAGAUGCCCUCAUCUCUUUUUUUAUUUUUGAUGUAGAUGGGAUGAGUAACCUCAUCAAAAUGUAAAGAUAAAAUCUUGGCGUUUAAUUUAAUACUUGCAAAUGUCUA